CCGCGUCAGUGUGACGUUUAACUCCGGCGCCAUCUUCACUUGUGGUUAGCAGCGUGGCUAGUUAGCCGACUCUUGUUGGCGGAGGAGCUCAGUGGUUCUUCACCAUGACGUCUGAGCUCUUCUGCGCUCUCGACACCCUGACCAGACCCUUGAGCGAGACGCGGGAUGCUCGGUGUACCCAGCAGGAGGCGCUGUUGACUGCCCUGCGUGAGAACAGAAGUCUUCUCCUGGAGCAGCUGCGGGAGCAGGGGGGUCUGGAGGUGGCGCGGAGGCUCCGGGCCGAGGUGCUGGCUGGCCAGCAGUGGUUCUCUGACACAGGUGAUGUCCCCUGGGACUUUGUGCAGGAGAGUCUGCUGCUGCUGCUCGCGCUGGCCCGCCAUCUCUCCUCUGAACUGGAGCGCUUCCACCAGACUGCUGCUCGGCCAGGCGAGCAGCCGCGAGGCCCAGAAAUGGCCCCGCCGCUGCCCCCCGACGUUCUCAGUGUGAGCCAGCAGAAGACUGUGGCGGCCGCUCUUCAGUUUGUGGUUUGUCUGGGUGUGUGUCCGUACCUGGCUCCGGGAGUCGGGCUUCCGCUCAGGCACAGGUCCGCGUUUGGUGCCUUGGUGGAGAAGGUCGUCCAGGGAGGGGGCGUGGCAUCGGCGACCCACCGGCUCUGGACCACCACCACUGUGCUGCUGAAGCUGGCGGAGCUCUCGUCUCUGGCCACGCUGGUGGUAACGCGGCAUCUGGGGGACUUGAUGGCGGCGCUCAGCCAACUGGGUCACCAGCCGCUGCGAGAGGACGGGCUCUCCAUGGGGGUGAGCAGGCAGACGCUGGCGCCCGAGCAAAGGCUGCGCUGCAGGGAGGCUCUGCGGCGCCUCCUGGGUCAGGUCUACCAGCCGGUCGUCAUCACGGAGCUCCUGCUCCUGCAGGGGGCGCCCAGACAGGCUCGUCCAGCAGGGGGCGGUGGCGGCAGGUUGGCGCCCUCCUGGCUGAGGUGUCUCUGUGGUCAGCUCCUGUCCGAGCGUCUGAUUCAGCCCAGCGGGGUCCAGGCUGUGGUGCGGGCCGUUCUGGAGCUGGGCAGCGGAGGUGAGUCGGACUGGAGAACGUGUGACAGCGUGGCCAAGAUCCUGGCGGCGUGUCCGCAGCAGGCCCAGUCCGCCGACAGAUACUACGAGCAAGUGUGUCCUCAGAUCCUUGACCUCCUGCACUUCAGUGACAAACUGACCGCCAUGCAGUUCCAGCGUGUGGCCACCAGGGCGGUGCUCUGCAUGGUCCAGGAGAAGCCGGGCUUGGCUCAGCAGAAGCUGCUGACUCCGCUGCUCGCGCCUCUGAGCCGCUGCACCAGCGUCUCCGGUCGGUCUCACGCACACAACAAAAACACGGAAGCCCAAGCUGGAGAGGGUCCAACCUUCCCUCAUGUCUGUGCAGACGCCGGCGACUGUGUGGAGGAAGAGCAGCUGACGCGCUGUGUGGAGGACGUGUACAAGGUGUGGGUGGUGGGCAACAGUGGGGCGCCUCUGCUGCGGUCCGCCCUGCAGCCAGUGCUUCCUGUCCUCUUCGCUGUCUUCUGCUUCAGCCAGAAGAGCGUGACUCACCUCCGCGCGCAGUGUGAGCAGAUCCUGCUGUGGUUCCUGAGGCAGGCAGACCCAGCUGCAGCUCUGCUGACCCUCAAGCAGCUCUGCGGCCUGCAGCCGCCGCUCAGCUGGCUGCCGCCCGGGUUCCGCUUCAGCGCCGGCAGCGAGGGAGGAGUGAGACUGAGCCGCACCGACACCUGCAGUGACGAGGAGGAGGACCUGUUUGAGAGAGUGUCGGAGGAGCAGUGGAGGCUGGAGUGCCUGAUGAAGCUUCUGGCUCAGCUCACAGACCAGGAUCUGCCCGGGGACUUCUUCCUGGACCUUCUGCAGGAGCUGAACAGCGUGGCCAGCGCGGCGGCGGCGGCGGCAGACGAGGACGAGCCGCAGGCGGAGCUGUCGGCCAUGUCUCUGCUGGAGGUGGAGCAGAAGACGCUGGGCGGCUCUGAACGCCUGCGGCGCCGGCUGGUGCUGCUGCAGGUGCUGGCUGUGAUGGUGGAGACGCUCCAGCACACGCUGCUGCUCCGGAGACACGCCCAGGUGGUGGGCUUCAUGGAGAGCCUGCUCCAGAGAGCCUGUGUGGGACUGGAGCAGCCGAGUCCUGCGCAGGCGAUCGAGAGCCAGACGCUGAGCAUGGGACUGGGCCUGGUGGCCACGCUGCUCUCUGCCCCGCAGGGUGUGGAGCGGCUCAGUGGCGGGGGAGACGCCCCGUCCACCUCCCAGCUCUUCUCCUCCGUGUCCAGCCUGCUGGCCCCGCUGCUGACCCUGUCGGAGAAGCACCCGGACCUCUUCAUCCGGGAGCUGGCCUCCAACCUGCGGGCCCUCAUCGCCUCCCGGGGCACGUGUGGGGCCCCGAGCUCGGGCUCGCGGAGCCGGAGCGGCGGCGGGGGAGGGGCGGAGCCCACCUUCUCUGAGUGUGUGAUGGAAGCCUGCCACCCAGACGUGCCCACCAGAGCUGUGGCUCUGAGGGUUCUGACCCGGAUGCUGCAGAGCCGAGAGCCGCCCGCUGUGAAGGAGAAGGAGAAGCUGCUGCUGCUCUUCCUGGAAAACCUGGAGCACGAGGACUCGUUCGUCUACCUGUCAGCAGUGCAAGGACUGGCGGCUCUUGCUGACUGCUUCCCUGAGAAGAUCCUGCAGCGCCUCCUCGCAGGCUUCCAGCACAGCGCUGCUCCCAGCUCCCGCUCCGUGGAGUCCAGACUGAAGAUGGGAGAAGUGCUGAUGCGGGCCAGCCGAGCCAUGGGGGACCUGGCCCCUCACUUGGGUCGUCCGCUCAUCGCCGUCUUCCUGAGAGGAGCGCGGGACCCAGACCACGGCGUCCGGGCCAGCAGCCUGUCCAACCUGGGGGAGCUGUGCCAGAGGCUGGACUACGCCCUGCUGCCGCUGGUGCAGGAGCUGUCCUCGUGUCUCACCGCACUGAUCAAGACGGAGAAGGAGGUGGAGGUGCGACGAGCCGCGGUGCAUGUUGUCACCGUGCUGCUGCGAGGACUCGCUGACAAAACCACCCAGGUUCUGACCGACGUCUUGCUGGACCUGUACCGGGCCCUGAAGCUGGUGGCCCGCAGCGACCCGGACCCGGUGUCGGUGCUUCACGCUCAGCUGGCGCUAGAGGAAUUGGACCUGGUCAUGAGACGCUUCAUCUUCCCGCAGCAGAAGCUGGAGAAGAAGAUCGUGGUUCUUCCUUGAAGUGCGGCCCGGUUCUGUCCAUGUUCUGCAGCUGUGAAUAAAAGGUCUCGCUCUG